AUGGAAGGAUCAGAUAACUCCAGUGGUACUGUAGCUUUAUCGUUAGCGCCAAGCGAAGUCAUAGCUUGGUGCGUUAUUUUCGGCGUGGAAGCCUUGGUGGCCAUUACAAGCAACGUGGCCACAAUCGCUAUAUUCCUCACUAACAAGCGAAUCCGGGCUCAAACGUCCAUCCUCCUGGUUAAUUUAGCUGUAGCUGAUUUGCUGGUGGCCACAGUGCCCAUACCUGGGUGGGUGUACUUCUUUGGAGCUCAAGCCAACCUCUGGGCAGACAGCACUCAUCUGGCUGGUCACAUCACCUACUCUGCCCUGGAUAUUGGAGGAGCGUUUGCUUCUGUUACCAAUCAUGGCUGCAUCGCUGUAGAACGACUUAUAGCCACGCUGUUACCUUUCAAAUACAGAAGCAGUAAAAGGAUAAUCACCACACAGCUCAUUAUUGUGGUAUGGAUGUGUGCAGUGUGCAUCCCUGUGGUGACUCUGGUUGGUUUCCAUGUCCUUCAUUCCAACAUGGUUGCUUUUUUUGUUUGGAUGCCAUUCCUUACUGUGCUGCUUCUGGUCAUCACUGUGUCCUAUUCCAUCCUGUUGGGCAGAAUGAAAUGGCUGGCACGUAAUCUUCAUGAUCAUGAGGGAACUGAGCAGCGUAACCAUCGCUUCACUGUCACCGCCUUGAUGGUCACUGUAGUGUCCUUACUAGCGUGGUUGCCUUUCAUGAUUAUGAGUGCCAUCAACCUGGUGGCGCAAACCAUCAGUCAUGACGUCCGACUCGUGAGCAUGGUCAAACUCCUGCACUUCUUCAACUCCAUCUGUAGUAUUUUCAUCUACUGGUUUCGGAUCCCUAAUUUCAAGGCCGCUGCUUACGCCUUGGUGUUCCGUCGCCAUGGGAUGGAACAGCCUGAGCGACACAGGGCAUUAUUUCAAAGUAGGAGGUCAAACAGUUGCCGUGACACAGCUACAACCGCUCUCUAA